CGACCGUGAGAUCAACCGAGAUGAGAUCCUUUGUUUUAAUCUGUGCCCUCGUGGCCAUUGCCGCCGCCGCCAAGACAGAAGACAAGGCCGCACGUGACAAGCGUAGCUUCUUCCACGGACUCGGCUACGACUCCAACUAUGGAUCCACCUUCGGCUACGGCAGCGGCUACCAGAACUUAGGAGGCCUCGGCUACUCCGGCUACUCCUCUCCCUCCGUCUACUCCUCUCCCUCGUCUUACAGCUACUCCACCCCGGCUGUCAGCUCUUACGGCUACACGUCUCCCGCCGUCAGCUAUGCUAACGCUGGAUACCGGUACGCCAGCCCCGCCUACAGCUACGCCGCCCCGGCCUUCUCCGCCGCCAGCUACGCCGCCCCCGUCUACUCCGCCGCCAGCUACGCCGCCCCCGCCUACUCCGCCGCCAGCUACGCUCCUGCCGUCAGCUCUUACGGCUACAGCACACCUCAAGUGCGUUACUCAUCUGCCCCAGCAGUCAGCUACUCCAGUUUCACAUCAGUUCCCUCUGUGAAGUACGCAGCCGCCCCCGCCGUGAGCUACUCUGCUGCCCCCGCCGUGAGCUACUCUGCUGCCCCCGCCGUGAGCUACUCUGCUGCCCCCGCCGUGAGCUACUCUGCUGCCCCGGCUCUGAGCUACUCCGCCGUUGCACCCGCUGUGAAAUACAGAGCUGCCCCCGCCGUGAGCUACUCUGCUGCCCCGGCUCUGAGCUACUCUGCCGUCGCUCCCGCCGUGAAAUACAGCGCCGCUCCUGCCGUCAGCUACACCGCUCCAAUCUCCUACACCGCCCCGGCUGUGAGCUACACUCCCGCCGUACCUACCACAGUCGCCGUCAACAAGGUCGUCAACGUACCCAAGGUCGUGAGUGUCCCCGAGGUCGUGAAAGUGAACAAGGUCAUCAAUGAGCCCCAGGUCGUCACCGUCAACAAGGUAGUCAGCCAGCCCAGCUACAACCUGGGAUACUCCGGCUACACCGGCGGUCUCGCCGGCUACGGCGCUGGAUACGGCACUUACGGAUCAGGCCUCAGCACCUACGGAGCUGGCUACACCCCGUACAGCACCGGUUACAGCACUUACGGAGCUGGCUACACCCCGUACAGCACCGGCUACAGCACUUACGGAGCUGGCUACACUCCCUACAGCACCGGUUACAGCACCCACGGAUCCGGCUUCGGUCCCUACAGCACUGGCUUCGGCACCGGCUACGGAGCCCUACGCCAGCGCCUGGAAAUGAAUAUUCUAGUCCCAUGAGUUCAUGAACUGAUUACUAUAGCCUAGUGAUGAUAUAGUUUACAAUAAAUAUAAUUGGAUCACUGCC